GUGGUUGUAUCACUUUAUGGCUAAGUUGAAAAAUUGAGAAGCUGAAAGCUACACCACCAGCGCUGACCACUCUGACUGAUUUUCAGCUUGUCAACAUAUGAAUGUUGCCUAAUACCAACAAAUGGCAUAUCAAAUGAAAGCUUUCAGUCUAGGCUUUACAUCCACAUUAUACUGCUUAGCUUGAAUCCAUCUGUCUGGCAGUCAGCAGGCCAAACAUCUCUGUCAGGUAUCAGGGUCUCAUAUAUAAAAGUCUGUCUGUUAUUAUAGUUGCCUGCUUUGGCCAGCUAGCUUACAGAUGCCCUUUACCUGCCCAGCCAGGCUCUCAGAAGCAAUAGAAAGUGGUUGUAUUACUUUAUGGCUAAGUUGAAAAAUUGAGAAGCUGAAUGCUGCACCACCAGCGCUGACCACUCUGACUGACUUUCUGCUUGUCAAAAUAUGAAUAUUGCCUAAUACCAACAAAUGGCAUAUCAAACGAAAGGUUCCAGUCUAGGCUUUACAUCCACAUUAUACUGCUUAGCUUGAAUCCAUCUGUUUGGCAGUCAGCAGACCAAACAUCUCUGUCAGGUAUCAGGGUCUCAUAUAUAAAAGUCUGUCUGGUAUUAUAGUUGCCUGCUUUGGCCAGCAAGCUUACAGAUGCUCUUUACCUGUCCAGCCAGGCUCUCAGAAGCAAUAGAAAGUGGUUGUAUCACUUUAUGGCUAAGUUGAAAAAGGCAGUAUAUUCAAUGAAGUUAGCCCUCAGUGAGUCUGAAAACCUAAGAGGCAGGAUUAGAAUGCCAUAUUAGGGUUGCUGAAGCAGUGCUCUCAUGGCGUAGCUGGUAAUGUGCUACCUUUGAAGCAUAAGGUUUGUAGUUCAAGUCCCACAGGUGACACCUAGUAUUUUCUCUUUAGGAAUCAUUUUUUUAUCUUAGUAGAUAGGACUCACUUAUAUUAUAACACUCUGAUUAUAGCACAAGCAAAAUAAAGAUCAAUAAAGCUCAGUGAGGGAUAGAGGUGAUAUUAACCUUCCAGUCAGCUGCUGAGCAUACAGUCAGUUAGUCUGCCACCUGCUGCACCACCAGCGCUCACUGACUGACUGUCAGCCUGUCACCCUGUGCUAUUGCACAGCUGUGAUUGGCUGUGGGCUGUUUCCACUUCCUGAAUUGAGUAUAAAACUCUGGCAUUGGAUGGCAGACACACACUGUCUUGUGCCUUUGAGAGUAGUACACAUCAAUCAAACUGUCUGAAAUGCAGCCUGAACAAAAGAAGUAAGUACUGUGUAUGACAAAUUAUAUCUGAUGUGUAUCUUUUCUUUAAGCAGUUUGUCAUUUCACGUGAAAUUAGUCCUUAAAUAGAUUUGAUCAUUUCAGGCUGUGGUAAAUAUGCUAAAUUUGUUACACCCACAUUAUACUGCUUAGCUUGAAUUUAUCUGUCUGGCAGUCAGCAGGCCAAACAUCUGUGGUAUGUGGCUGUGGUAAAUAUGCUAAAUUUGUUUGCCUACCUCCCUACACAGCGACAAGGACAGAAGAAUUGUCCACUGCCGUUUAUGCCAUAAACCCCAAGACAGUUUACCAACUCAUCUUGCAAGGGUCUGUAUGAAAAUGGCAUCUCCAGAGGAGCGACUGGAGGAGAUUAAAAAAGCAAAAGAGUCCACAAAAGUCUGGACCCGGAAUGGCCGCAACUGGGACUACAAAAAACUAUGUGAGUAUUUCCCCCAUAAGGCCUGCCGGUGGACCUUGGUCCGUCUUCUGCGGGAGAACGACUUUUAUGUUGAUAAUGCACCUUUGUCGGACGACAUGGAGAAUGAUGAUGAUGAUGAUGAAGUUCCAACCACCAGUGGUCUCAGCAGCAGGUAGUGAGACUAUUCUUUUCUUUUGUUUUAGAAGACAUAGCACACAGAAGCAAACCUUAAACUUUUUAAUGCUUGAAUUCCUGUUGUCACCUGUAGUGUUAAUGCCAGAGGGACCUCUGAGGGGCCAGCAGAGUCAGCCACUAUGCCUAAUGAUGUCCCUGCAACAACAGGCUCAGGCUCAGAAAGAGAGGAAGAGGAUGACUCAUCUGACCUGACAUGGCAAAACUCUGCAUUCCCUGAUUAUAAAGGUGUUCGGUGCACAAUGCAGGAGAUGGGACUCUAUGAAAAAUUUCCCACAGAAAAUGCCACCCUGCAAGCUUUUAAGCAACAGCUUAUUGAGAAAUUUGAAUAUCUGAACUGUCAACAGGAGGUAGACAAUGUCUCCAGGAUGCUGCGAUUCAUGCAGCCUAAAGGUGAAGAUAUAGACUAUGGUUUUUUGACCAAAAGCACUGAAACACAGGACUUUAUUAUGAGUCUUAAGAAGGCCACACUCAAACCUGCAACAAUUUUAAAUUACAUAAAGAGCAUGAUUAGGUUUGUGACAUUCCUGAAAAGCAGACAUUACUUUGACACCGAGCAACAUUCCCGCUGUGACCUGUAUAUGAGCUUCCUGAAUGACCUCAGGAAGCCAGUGUCCAAGGCCCAUACAAAAGUGGUGAACAGAACACGGUCAGUAAUUUACUACUAAAUUCUUAACAAUGACACAUUACAUUUCAUCCCGCUACACUGGCUGUUGGGAAAGUUACAAUUUUCAACUGAUGGUUUAGUUAGUAUUUCCAUUGCAGAUACAAACGUUUGAUGGACGGGCAAAGGUCACUCUCCCAGUGUGUGAGGAUUUUGCAUGAAAGCAAACCUUAGAUGCUUGGCGUCUAUGCAAACCUCCAGGAAGAUUAUUAUUAUUAUUAAUAAUAUUAUUAAUAUUCCUAAUAUCCCUAAUAUUAAUAUUCCUUCCUAUUAUUAAUAGGAAGAUUGAGGAAAAGGUUCUGUUCAGAUACUACUGUGAGGCCAUUCUUAUUUUUGGCCAUUUUCAGAGGCCUGGAGCUGUUGAGGGCUUCAAAAUUGAAGAGUGGCUGAAUCGAAAGAGACUGCCACUUAUCAAGUUGCCUCAAUAGCAGUCACAGCAGAGGAAGAAGCUAUGCUAGAGGCCUACUUUGAACACGUGCGCCCGCAUUUUGUUAAACAAGACGUAGACGACAAGGGGAGGUUCUUUUUAAGCAAAACUGGAAAAACCCUUUGCAGUGCCACAAAUGAUAUGGCCCGUUUUUACGAACACUUCAAGCUCCCAAACAUAACAAGUCAGGAGCUCAGGAGGGUCAUAGUAACAACGGUUUCCUCAAUGUUCUCAGAAGAACAAAAGGACAAGUUUGCUCAUUAUAUGGCCCACACCACCGCUGUUGCCAAGGCCCAUUAUAGGAUGAAAACAGCUGAAGAAACUGUAGCCACUGCUAACGUUCUGGCCAGUUUAACAGCUUACAGCUCCUCAGAUGAGUCAAACGAAAAACCAUCCAAAAAGAAAAGAGGAGCCAGCAUUGAUGAGGACACCCUUCAAGAUGUCAGGAAGGACUUCGCUGAGUUUUUGGAGGUCUUUCCAGUCACCCUCAAUGGUAAGCCUCCGUCAAAACUGGCGAGGAUAAAUGCAGGGUUUCCAGUGGACAGAACGUUUUACGAUAAGUGGCGGAUCGCCCAGUUCCAAAACAGAGAAGACCAUCUGCUGUCCAAAUGUUACAGGCGGCAGCCCACAGCGGCCAAAAUAAAAAAACUAAUUGAAUCUGAGGGAUGGACUGCAAAUUACCCAUCCCCAGAAACAAUAGUCCAAAAAUGGAGACCACCCAAAAAAAUAGACGUCGAAACAGAUGACAACAUCAGACGAUGUAUAGAACUGCAAAAAUGGUCAGGGGUGGCCAUAAAAACAUUUGAGGACAACCGCGGACAAGGUGUUGUUGCAACAAAGAACUUCCUAAAAGGCUCAAUCAUUUGUGAUUAUCAUGGUGAACUCAUCACCAGUGAGGAAGGCCACCAGAUUUUAAAAAGUUCAAAUGAUCACAUGGGCUACCUGUUCUUCUUCACUGCUGGCAGCAGGCGUCUGUGCAUCGAUGCACAGACACACCCCUGCAAAUGCCAUCCUAAACAUGGAAACAGUUGGAAGAAAAAUUAAUCAUUCUCGAAAAAAUCCUAACCUCAAACCUUUCCACUGUAACAUACAGUUCGCUAAUGAGAACAAAGAUACAUUGCUCUUAGUUGCUACAAAAGAUAUUAAAGUAGGAGAGGAGUUUAGGUUCGACUAUGGGGUGAACAGAAAGUCAUUCUGCGGAGAGGGACUGGACCUGGAAUGGCUGGACGAUUGACUGUGUAAAAAAAAAACAAAAAACAAAACUGACAUUCUUUGUUUUUGGCACAUAUUCUUUUUAAUGUCACAAGCCUUUCUUUUAAACUUGUUUUUAUUUACUGUUUUUAUUGUGUAUAGUGAUGCUUGUAUACUUCCAAGUUGUUUAAAUUUUUCUAGUGUGGUGAUAUUUUCCUUUUUAUUUAGAUUAUUCCAGUGUGGUUUGUGGUAGUUUUUUUAGAUUAUUCAAGUGUUGUGUGUAUUUAUUGUUUUAAUAUUCGUGUGGUGUGUUGUAGUUUUUUAGAUUAUCCCAGUGUGGUUUCUUGUAUUUAUGUUUUAAUGUCUGUUCAUUAAUGAAAAUAACAAAAAAUUGUGAAUAAUAUCAUAUUUCACUCUCAAUCACUUUGUCACUCUUAAAAAUUGAGAAGCUGAUAGCUACACCACCAGCGCUGACCACUCUGACUGACUUUCAGCUUGUCAACAUUUGAAUGUUGCCUAAUACCAACAAAUGGCAUAUCAAAUGAAAGCUUUCAGUCUUGGCUUUGCAUCCACAUUAUACUGCUUAGCCUGUACAAAGCCCUAAAGUUCAAUCUUAUGAAGAUACCAAGCCAAGCAGGUCACUGUGCCUGUCCGUUUGUGUGCAAACUGGCAGACUUUGCACAGCCUCGGACACCAGCGCCUGUCAGAUCCUCACACUCUGAAGGAGCUUACAGAUGCUCCUGUCUGCCUAGCCCCUCUUUUAAAAGCAAUAGAACAUAAAAAAAAAUCACUUCAUGGCUGAGGUCAAAUAUUGAGAAGCUGAUAGGCGCACCACCAGCGCUUACCACUCUGACUGACUGUCAGCUUCUCAACCUAUGAAUGGUGGUAUUAGAACGGCAGUCUCUCAGCAGGACAAGGGAACACA